AUGGCUCCGUCCAAGUUGCUGAAAAAGCACGUGCUUCUAAUUGACAACUACGAUUCCUUCACAUGGAACCUCUACCAGUACCUCUGUCAAUCUCCACUUUGCGCCAAAGUUGAUGUUUUCCGUAACGACGAGAUCGACAUCGAAACCAUCGAAAAUAAGAUCAAACCCGAUCUUCUAUUCAUCUCUCCAGGGCCCGGACAUCCUCUGACAGAUGCAGGAGUGUCUAAGGCUGCCAUUGACUACUUUAAAGGUAAGAUCCCCAUUUUUGGUGUGUGUAUGGGACAACAAUGUAUUGUAGAGGUUUUCGGUGGUGAGGUCACAUACGCAGGCGAGAUUGUUCAUGGAAAAACUUCCAAUAUCAAGCAUGAUGGCAAAGGUGUUUUUGCUGGUGUUCCACAAGGCGCAGCUGCCACCAGAUAUCACUCAUUGGCUGGUUUGAGAGGAACUCUCCCCGACUGUUUGGAAAUCACUGCCACUACUUCGGGUACUCCUGAGGUUAUUAUGGGUGUCAGACAUAAGGAAUUUGUAGUUGAAGGUGUCCAGUUCCAUCCAGAGUCCAUUUUGACUGAGGCUGGCCGUAUCCUCAUUGACAACGUGUUGAAGAUGACAGGCGGCACCUGGGCCGAAAAUAACGCGGCCCCAGUCGGAAAAGAAACCAACAUCUUGACUACUAUUUACAAAAAACGUGUUCUGGAUUACGAAGUCAUUGAGGCCUUGCCUGGCAAAUCCUUCUCUGAGUUGCAGACGUCAUUUGAACUCGGCUUGGCUCCUCCAUUGAUCAACUUCUACGAACGUAUCAUGCAUGUCAACAAUAACAAUGGAACCGCUAUUUUGGGUGAGUUCAAGCGUGCCUCUCCUUCCAAGGGCGACAUCAACAUCAAGGCGCACCCUGCCAAACAAGCAUUGUCCUACGCCAAUGGUGGUUGCGCUGCCAUCUCGGUUUUGACCGAGCCAAACUGGUUCAAAGGAUCGCUUGAUGAUUUGGCCUUGAUUCGUAAAGUCAUAGAUGUCGGUGAAAAGCCUGCUGGUUACCUCCGGCCCGCCGUGUUGAGAAAAGAGUUUGUUUUCAGCAAGUAUCAAAUCUUGGAAGCUCGUUUAGCCGGUGCUGACACUGUGCUUUUAAUUGUCAAGAUGCUUAACGAUAGAGAACUCUUGGCGGCUUUGUACGAAUACUCUUUGUCGCUUGGCAUGGUCCCACUUGUGGAAGUCAAUGACAAGGCUGAGAUGGAGGUUGCACUUUCCUUGACCAACAACGGCAACACCAAAGACCCGCUUGUUAUCGGUGUAAACAACAGAAAUCUUGUGACCUUCGAGGUGGAUUUGAAUACCACCUCGUCUUUGGUUGCCAUGACUCAAACCAGCGCCCGUGACGGAGAUGUCAUUGUGUUGGCUUUAUCUGGUAUCAGUAGCAAAGAGGAAAUUAGAAAGUACAAGCAUGAAGACCAAGUUGCUGGCUUCUUGAUCGGAGAAAGUUUAAUGAGGGCUGAGGAGAAGGGUGAGGCUGCCAGCUUUUUACAAGAACUCACAUCUAUCUAG